UCGGUGAGGACUUGCAGAGUUGGGCCGGGCGGCUGCGUGUGCAGGGUCCUCGCCAUGGGGCAGAUCGAGUGGGCCAUGUGGGCCAACGAACAGGCGCUGGCGUCUGGCCUGAUCCUCAUCACAGGGGGCAUCGUGGCCACUGCUGGACGCUUCACACAGUGGUAUUUUGGCGCCUACUCAAUUGUUGCAGGUGUGCUCAUCUGUCUCUUGGAGUACCCCCGGGGAAAGAGGAAAAAGGGCUCCACCAUGGAGCGAUGUGGACAGAAGUACCUCACCACUGUGGUGAAGCUGUUUGGGCCCCUCACCAGAAACUACUACGUCCGGGCUGUCCUCCACUUCCUGCUGUCAGUGCCUGCAGGCUUCCUGCUGGCCACUAUCCUGGGGACUGUCUGCUUGUUCAUUGCCAGUGUAAUCUACCUGCUGGCAGCCAUCCGGGGGGAGCAGUGGACCCCCAUUGAGCCUAAACCCAAGGAGCGACCACAGGUUGGAGGCACCAUCAAGCAGCCACCCACCAACCCUCCACCCCGGCCACCAGUGGAGGCCCGCAAGAAGCCAAGUGUGGAUGAGGAGGAGGCAUCCACAGCUGGAGGCCCCCAGGUCAACCCGAUCCCAGUGAUAGAUGAGGUGGUGUGACCUUCGCUGCCUGUCUACAGCGCCCUCUUGAGUUUCCCUGCGGUUGCCCACGGUGGGUGGUGAAGCCUGCUGUAAUAAACAGAGUGAAUGGCUG